AUGGCCUCUAAUUGCUUGAUUUUCCUUUUACUUUGCUUAUUCGUUUCAUUGUCAUCAGCAUCUCUUAGAUUGGGUUUUUGUAAAUCAUCUUGUCCCUCAGCAGAGGCAAUUGUGAGACAAGCAGUAAACAAAGCUGUCUCUCAAAAUCCAGGGAUAGCUGCAGGCCUCAUUAGGAUGCAUUUCCAUGACUGCUUUGUUAGGGGUUGUGAUGCUUCUGUGCUCAUAAAAUCCACACCGGGAAACGCAGCAGAAAGAGAUCACUUAGCUAAUAACCCUAGUUUACGCGGUUUUGAGGUGAUUGAUGAGGCCAAAGCACAGAUUGAAGCUAUAUGUCCUCACACUGUGUCCUGUGCAGACAUUCUUGCUUUUGCUGCUCGCGAUAGUUCCUACAAAGUUGGACGUAUAAACUAUGCUGUUCCAGCCGGACGUCGCGAUGGGCGUGUUUCUAUAGCUGAUGAAGUCGCACAAAAUCUGCCUCCUCCUUUUUUCAAUGCACAGCAGAUUAUUGAUAACUUUGCCCGAAAAGGGAUGUCGGUUGAUGAGAUGGUGACACUAUCAGGAGCACAUUCUAUUGGUGUCUCACAUUGCUCUUCAUUCGACGGCCGCCUUUAUAACUUCAACGAAACUCAAGCUUCAGAUCCCUCAAUGGACCCUAGAUAUGUUGCUUUCUUGAACACCAAAUGCCCACCACCAAGUGAGAAUAUAGAUCCAACUGUGGCACUUGAUUCAACACCAAAUCGCUUGGACAAUAAAUACUACUUGGAGCUAAAGAACCAUCGUGGAUUGUUGACUUCAGAUCAAACACAGAUGAGCAACCCUUCUACACAAAGGAUGGUGUUGAACUAUGCAAGGCAUGGAGCAACAUGGGCUGCUAAAUAUGCCAAGGCAAUGGUGCAUAUGGGUUCCCUUGAUGUUCUUACCGGUAAACACGGUGAAAUUAGAAGGCAACGUUGUAUAGUGAAUUAA